AUGGGCGUUCUUGGUGCCAGCGGCGCGCGUCAAACAAUUUCCCGUGUGCUGCUCACCGUCCGAAUGUCGUCCUCAUCAUCGUCACCACUCCUCCUCAUCAACGACCCCAAAUAUUCUUUCCUGAAAGAAUUGGGGUUGAAGGAGGAGAAUGCCGGCGUCUUCAACGGCCAAUGGGCAGCCACGGGCCCUGUCGUCGAAUCGGUGGCCCCCGCCUCCAACAGCGUCAUCGCCAAGGUGCAAAACGGGACGGUGGCCGAUUGGGAGAAGGCGAUCGCCGCCACCCAGCAGGCGCACAAGCAAUGGAGGACGGUGCCCGCCCCGAAACGCGGCGAGAUUGUGCGCCAAAUCGGCGACAAACUGCGCCACAACCUCACCAACCUCGGCAAACUGGUAUCCCUGGAGAUGGGCAAAAUCCAGGCGGAGGGCAUCGGCGAGGUGCAGGAAUACGUGGACAUCUGCGACUUUGCCACCGGACUCAGCAGGUCCCUAGCCGGUCAAGUGCUGCCCAGCGAACGCCCCGGCCACGCCCUCCUCGAGCAGUGGAACCCGUUGGGCGUGGUGGGCAUCAUUUCGGCGUUCAACUUCCCGUGUGCCGUCUACGGGUGGAACAACGCGCUGGCGCUCGUCUGCGGCAACUCGUGUAUCUGGAAGCCCGCCCCCACCACCCCGCUCACCGCUAUUGCCGUCACAAAGCUUGUGGAGAGCGUGCUGGUGGAGAACAAGCUGCCCGGGUCGUUGUGCUCGCUGGUGUGCGGAGAGGGAGACGUCGGACAGGCACUCGUCAAGGAUAAGCGCGUGAACCUGGUGUCGUUCACCGGAUCCACCGAAGUCGGGCGCAUUGUUGGCCAGCAGGUGCAGGGACGAUUUGGCAAGGUUCUCCUCGAAUUGGGCGGCAACAACGCGAUCAUCGUCAACGACGACGCCGACCUCGACAUGGUCAUCCCGGCUGCCGUCUUUGCGGCUGUUGGAACGGCUGGGCAGCGUUGCACAACAACACGCCGUCUGCUGGUGCACGAGAAGGUGUAUGAUGAGGUGGUGGAGAGGAUGACGCGUGCCUAUGCACAAUUCGAGAGCCGUAUCGGGGAUCCACUCGAGGCGAACACCAUCAUUGGCCCGCUGCACAAUCAGCAUGGAGUGCUCAAGUACAAGGCGGCCAUUGCCGAGGCGAUCGCCAGCGGUGGGAAGGUGGCUUAUGGAGGAAAGGUGCUGGAACGUGAUGGAAACUACGUGUUGCCGACGAUCAUCACCGGUCUGAAGGGCGACGCCGAGGUGGUCAUCAGGGAGACGUUCGCCCCCAUCCUCUACGUCAUCAAAAUCUCCAAUCUUGACGAGGCGAUCGAGUUGAACAACAGCGUCUCGCAGGGGCUCUCCUCUUCCCUGUUCACCAACAACAUCCAGAACGUCUUCAAGUGGAUCGGGCCGGAGGGCUCGGACUGCGGCAUCGUGAAUGUGAACAUCCCGACGUCUGGGGCCGAGAUUGGAGGAGCAUUUGGAGGGGAGAAAGAGACGGGAGGAGGACGAGAAUCUGGCUCCGACUCGUGGAAACAGUACAUGAGACGAUCCACCUGUACCAUCAAUCAUUCCAAGCAACUCCCCCUCGCCCAGGGCAUCAAGUUCGAG